UGUUCUCUUACUUUCUGUUUGCCUCCAACCACACAUUCUACAGAGGAGAAAAGCCAGCUCUCAGAGAAAGCUCUGUCUGCUUUUUUUCCUGCAAAGCAACUGAGAAAAAUCAAAACAGCCCCAGAAUUUCAGAGCUGAUCAUGCUGUUCAAGGGAUUUGGCCUUGGGCACUUCAUAGUCCUGGCCGUUAUCAUGAUGCUGGGCACCUUUGCUGCUGAUUAUCCAAUCUUCCUGAGGCAGCACUACAAUAACCCCAAAAGUAAUGUGCGCAAAAGUUACUGUAAUGCAAUGAUGCAAAGCCGGGGGAUGACCAGCCCCAGUUGCAAGCCUUUGAAUACUUUUAUCCAUGACACAAAGAACAGAAUCACUGCUGUGUGUGGAAGAGAAGGAACACCUUUUGGAAACAGUCUGCGGCGUAGCCUGCAGCAGUUCCGGGUCACUACCUGCAAAAUGAGAGGAUCCUCUAUCCUCCCUCCUUGUGAAUACAGGGAAAACACUUCGCCUAGAUAUAUUGUCAUCGCUUGUGAGAAUGGAUUACCUGUGCACUAUGAGGAAGGCCAGAUUUAACAGUAUUUUAAGAGGAUCUGAGUGGAUCAGAUAGUGUCUCUUUCAAGAUGGAUGCUCUUCCAUGGAAAAUAUCUCAUUUUCUUCUGAUCCUGUGACUCAUUUCCUGAAGGCUUUUUCAUGAUCUGUGCAACGCAGCUGUCAUUGUAACCUUCCUAGAUAUUUUCUCUGCUUUAUUGUCUCUUUACCUUACAGCUAGUACAAAACCAUAAAUCUGAAUAUCCUAAAGGUUAUGUAAGCCUACAAUAACCCCUACACUAUAUGGUUGUAAAUAAAUGAAUAAAAAAAAUCAGAAAGUUGCAUCAUA